AUGAAUAUCGAAUCAUUAGCAAAUGAAAUUUUACUUGAUCUGUUCGAUUAUUUUGAUGGUAUCGAUCUUUUUCAUACAUUCUAUGGACUCAAUACUCGUUUCAAUUUACUUAUCUGUAAACAAUAUUCAUUACAUUGCUUUACAUUUUGCGGUAUAAAGAAAAGUCAAUUUGAUGAAUUAUGUCAACAACAUAUUCCACGUCUUACCAAUCGAGUUUAUGGUCUUAGCUGUGCUGAAGAUAAUUGCAAUCCUGGACAAAUGGAUUUAUUGUUUACUUAUAUUCCAUCAUUUGAACAAUUUAGUGGAUUACGAUCAUUAUCAUUACAAAAUAUAACUUCGUCUGAAACACUAAUAAAAGUUAUUCAAGAAUUAUCAUAUUUGUUAAAUCUCAUGCAUUUAACCAUUAAUUGUUAUUCUGCCCGAAAAUAUGUCAUCAAUUUUCAACUGAUGAAUGAUACUAUUUGGAGUUUGCCAAAACUUCGUAUUUGUUCUUUACAUAUUUUCGCUAUGGGAUCAAGAAACUUUUGUAUUCCAACAAAAAUAUCAGCCAGUCUUCAAUCAGUCAAAAUGACAUCAUUUCAACUUGAUAUUAAUCAGAUAGAUCAAUUAAUGAAAAACACUCCUCAUUUGAAACAUCUAUUAGUUUGUAUUAAGAUUUCCAGUGUUAUGAAUGAUCAUUACAACUUACCCUCUCUUUCGACUUUAAUCAAUUUAGAUAUAUGUGUAUGGGAUACAUCUGAUUUAUCGAAAAUGGUUUUAUUCUUGAAAAACCUAUCUAAUCUACGUCAUUUAAAUAUUAGAUUUAGUAAAAAUAUGAUUAAUGGUUAUGAAUGGGAGCAAAUCAUUCGUAAUUAUCUUUUUAAACUAAAAGUCUUUGAACUUGAUAUGAGUGAUGAUAUUCCGACAAAUCAAAAUAUUGAGGAUUACAUGAAUCAAUUAUUGGAUUCGUUUCAAAGUUCAUUUUGGAUUAAUGAACAUAAAUGGUUCAUUCAUUGUUAUAUCGUUGAUACAACUAUUCGUUUGUUUACAUCAUCAAAAUUUCCUUCUUAUUAUCCUGAUCAAAAACUUCCUCAUAUAUGGAAAUCAACAAAUCCAAAGGAUACUCAACAGAACCUUUAUCGUUGUAUAACUAUGAUUAACGAAAACUUUUUUGAGCAACCCAUGCCAUCGGACAUUUGUUUAUCGAGAAUUGAUUAUAUUACUAUAAAAUUUCCUCUCCAUGAUCAAUUUUGGUCUGCAAUAUCAAAUUUUAAUCAUCUAUCUUCAAUAAACGUUUUAUCUUACAACGAUACAUAUCAAUCAGAACUGCAAAAUUUAUUCGAGCGAGCAUCGAAACUUCAUUCUUUACGUAUUAAUCAGGACGAUUCAUUACCACUUCAAACAUCUCUAUUUAAGUGUAUAAAUCCUUCAAUUCAUUCUCUUAUUUGUUUCAAAAUGAAUCAUUGUUUAAAUGAGGAAGAAUGUUUGUUAUUUUGUGAUUCACCAUUAGGAAUGCAAUGUGAAAUAUGUUCAUUUAAUGUUGAAAAUCUUCUUUGUAUUAUAAUCCUUGUCAAAAAUAUGAUCAAUCUUCAAGCAUUACAUAUUUAUUGUCAAGAAAUAUCAGAAGAAAACAGAGUUGAAGUUAUUGAGUGGUUGAAAGAUUCUUUACCAUCAACAUGUUUUGUUAUGAAAGAUCCAGAUUCUACUAAUGCUAUUCGAAUAUGGAUGUAA